GUGGUGCUUUAUCCAUCCUGCUCUGGGUAAGAGGAAACCCUAAGCGGCUGCUGAACCAGCUUUACCUCUACUUUUCCCUCCAUUUUUGACCACCGCCUUCGGACCCGUGCUCAUGGCAGCAUCAUCUCCUCAGAGAGCUGGCCCAGCCGUCAGCACGCUGGCCUUGGCAUUUCUCCUCGCCGGUUCAGUCAUGAUUGCGGGGGUCAGAGCACAAGAUGACGUCGUCGCCACGGAGGCAGCGUCGACCAUCGCUGCAGAAGAAUACGUCAGAGGAGACAUGAUUCCGAUGACAACUGAAGCUCCUGAGUCAAACAAUCGACUAUUUGAGGUCGUGAUGGAAACCCAACACACCGACGUGCAGACAACUCAGGCACCACCUACGGAUCAGGCGGGACAACAGAGCGAGGGAGAGGACACGCCCACAGCAGCUGAGAACGCCGCUGACGGGGGACAGAUCACAGUAGAUGUGUAUGCAGACGAACCUCAAAACCAGGAACAACCGACCGUCGCACCAGCACCACCAAGAGGUGAUGGCCCGGCCAACGUUCCCGAGGGCGAUGUGGUGUGUGUGGGCAAAGACGCUGUCCAGGAUAAAAACGCUGUCAAUCUGAAACUCAUCCAAUCUUCCACCUGUAAAAUCACAAAGGUGAAGAUUCAAAGUGUUCGAGAAGAACUUUGUGGCGAAGACUGCAAGCUACUGAUCUACCAGGAGGACAACACGGACCAGAUCCUUGUAGCUGGACCAUAUGUUGAAGAUGACAUCAAAGGCAUGGUCAACAAGUUCAACAAUGACAACAUCAAAGACAAGGCUGGUGUAAAGGAGGCGGUCCCUCACUGGAGGAAGAACUCGAAACUGGUGCUGGUUUCACUGUUGCUGACUGGGCUCCUGCUGGCUGCUCUGCUGGUCGCCGGUUAUUACUUUAAGACCCACCGAAAAAAUUCCAAAGGAGUCCGGCUGGCCGAGUCAUACCAGGUGGAUGAAGAGAACCAGGCCAACACUCUGGUGUCCGUCGCCCCGCUGCCUCAGGAGCCCACCGACAAGCCCGCCGCCGCCAACGGAGAAUCCCCAGCAGAAAACGGGACCAAUCCUGCCCCGACCACGAAUGGGCACUCUGCCGCAGGCCCGACCCCAGUGGCUGACACAGAGAUGUGAAUCUCUACACUCCCUAAUCUCCGCCCGACCUUCAACUAUCAACCACUGGUUCAUUCUAUCCACAUUCCCUCUGUUUGCUACCUUGAAGGCUUUCCAAUUUCGGAGAGACAAAGUUGAGCAAAACCAACUGUCUUCCUCCACCAUCACAAAUCCACCACCCAGAACAAUGACAAUGUCAGUCGGGUUCAUCAUGACAUUAAUGACAAUGCCUUGUAAUGUGAAAAGUUUGGAAUGCCGGGCCUUCCAAGAGGAGCCUGCAUACGACGUACUUGGGACUAAACAUGAUCAUACCUUUAGUCUUGUAAAGUCAAGUCAUGUCAAAUUUGUUCCGUUGAUCCUUCAAUGUUUUUUUUUUUUCCUCAAGCAAAGGUCCAAUGAAAUCAUAUAGACUAGGUUCAAUAUUCUUGUCAAAAAGGUUUGAGGCUUACUGGGGUUAUUUUUUUGUUUGUAUUUUUGUUUAUUGCUGUGGUACUUUCUCUGUUAACGUUUUCAUCGCUCCCCUACCUGCUCGUAAACUUGUAAAAACUAUUAUGUGUACCUCUUGCACUGUAGCAGGUAAUAAAUGGGAUCCAAUCAUCUUUAACAAACUGGGAUUUGACUAAAUCUGGUCCAAUUCGGAAAACGUUGCAUUUAAAAAAAAAAAAGAAAAGAUUUUGUGUUGCCAUUCUGGA